AUGGCUACUAGAAUGCGCUUCCUCGUUUUCGCCACCUUCUGCCUUCUCGCUUCGGGAACUGCGAUUCGCGAAAAGAGAAACUGCGGAUGCAGCACGACGCCGUCAUGCUCCUGCCAACAAGAUACCAAUGCUCAGUACCACUGCUCUUGCGAGACGAAGCCGCAGCAGCAAUGCUGCGUUUGCGUACCCAAAUGCCAAGAGCAAUGCCAGCAGCAGUGUCUGGCGCAGAAGCAGCCAAAGAGCCAGUGCAUUUUGCUCUGCUUUGAGCACUUCUCGGUGAUUUUAACUACUUAUGCGAUAUAUUUCCAUCGAGGCGUUAUUGAUUUUGAUCCUACCAAAGGUUUCGAAACCCGUGGGACCCCGUUGUCAUCGGCUAGACUCACUUUAGAAGCGUUGAAAUCGAAACAAAUAAAAAAUGAAAAAGUUCUUCGUUGGUAUUAUCAAGAGAAACGGACCAAGCGAGAAGUGAGCCCAAGUACAACCACUCUAGAGCCGAUUACCGUGGAUUACGAUGAUUAUGGAGUUAAUCCUGAGCCAAAUUCUUCCGAUCUUAAGGAUCACUGUGAAAUGUUCGGAUCGCUAGGUCAAUCGAUACCUUACGACGCCUUGGAAUACCUAUCGAAGGUCAUGAUCAAAGUGGAAAGUUGGGAAAAGCUUUUCACGGUGCCAGUUCUAAAGCAUCUAUGCAAUAUUGAUGAUAUUCUGGAUUCGACGAUGAACGAGACCAAAUUCAAAAAUGCUGCCUCCACUCUUCAACACUCCUUCAAUAUUCCUCGAUAUACAACUUGUGUGAAUAUGAGCACUCCAAAUAGGUGCGAUUCAAUCAAUCAAAACGACGUUUCCUACUUUCGAAGCCUUCUUGACAGUUGCCGGCGGAACAGCCUCGAUCCGAGAUGCCAAGCAUUUUCUAUUGAUCAAGCGAUUAAUCUACUAUUCCAAAGAUCAAAUGAUACAGAGGAUACUGUAAUUACAGUAAUAUUUAAGGUGCAAGUGUGGACUGGCGAACAACGAGAUUUCUAUGACAAGCUUCUAGUUAAUCUCGGCAAUUACAUAGAGGAAAAUGAGAAUCUUCAAUUGGUUGGAGUCAAUUUUAAUCUAAAGGAGCAGAUAUUUGUGGAGCAAAUCAAUAAAGAAGCUCUAAUUGCGGGAAUAUCAGCGUUUUUUGUAUUCCUUUGGUUUUUCGCCUAUUCGAAAUCCAUCGUGUUCACAUUGCUGAUUUUCCUCGUCGUUGCGCUUUCCGCAGGCGUCGCAUUUUUCAUAUACACGUGUAUUCUCGGCGUCGACUUCUUUCCGUUCAUCAAUUUGCUGGUGAUGGUCCUUCUCAUCGCCAUCGGCGCCGACGACGCCUUCCUUCUGCUCGUCUACUUCAGAAGAGAAGUUAAGAAAAUGUCGAAUUUGGAGUACAAAAUCGGCGCCGCCUAUGUGCCUUUAUAUCGCGAGCAGGAUCUUCUGGCUCGGAGCCUGAGGAUCUCGCUUCAUCACUCAUUGUCGUCGAUGUUCGUCACCUCGCUGACAACAGCUGCCACGUUUCUCACCAAUCUCACGAGUCCGGUGAUCGUUCUAAGAUGCUUCGGAAUCUACGCAUGUACAACCAUCAUAGUUAAUUAUGUUCUAGUGGUGUUGGUCCUUCCCGGUGCCAUAAUUCUCACUAAGCCGGUCUCCACAAAAUCGCGCAAAAUUUGCACCGACGAGCCGGACGCCAAAGACGAGAAGAGGGCCACAGAAUGUGGAAUCGCGGCGAGAAUUGCGCACGCCACCAAAACUGCCCGAUUUGGUAUCAUUGCGCUGACAAUUCUCCUCACGUCGGUGUCGGUGUUUUUGAUAUUUGAGACACCCGGCAUGCGGGUUCCCGAGACGAAUCCCACCAAGCUUCUCGUCGAUAGCAAUUAUCACGAAUUCUUUGAUAAUCAUGUGCAUCGAUUCAAUUUUGAAUGGAAACGAUCGGCAAGAAUCAUCAAAUACUUCAUUUUCGGCAUUAAUCCUGUAAAAGAUAACUCGUCUUUAAGCCCUUAUCAUAAGCCAUUGCUCCAUAAACCACCAGCAUUUGGAAUAAACGAGAAAAAGUUGGAGUUUUAUCAGGAGCUCAUUCGUUCGGAAACCAGUCGCUACUUUUAUGGGAAUAUCAGUUUUCCGUCAUGGGCGGAGCUUACCAGAAAGCUGAAUGAGAGUUGCAUUGGGAAAAAUGUGAUUUCCAGCGAGUGUUCGAUGAGAAUAUCCGUAAAGUAUAAUCAACUGAUACACGAAUUUCCAGAGGAUUUCAGUGUGAUUCCUGGCGACGGACCAUUUAUCAAUGAGGAUCUCGAAACGAUUGGAUACUUUAUUUCGAUACCAACCGAUGAGAAGCUGCGAAUCGAUGCGAAAGCCAACGCCAAAAUAUUCAAUGAGCUCGACGAAUCUUGCUCGAGAAUCCGAAAAUCCAUACAUGAUCCUGUGAUUUGUUUGUCGUCGACGGAAAUCACGCGAUUCCAUGAUAUCAUUCAGCAAUUGAGAAGCUCCAGCUUAAUGUCGGUUAUCAUCUCAAUGACCGUCUGUUUGGUUGUGAUUGUCGCGUGCACGCGGGUUGUGAAGCUCUCGAUCUUCUCAAGCUUCAUCAUUUUGUCGAUUAUUGGAUGGACGACGUCCAUAUUGAUAUUGCUUGGCUGGCAGUUGUCUGUGGUCGAAUCGACAAUUCUCGUCAUCACAAUUGGGCUCAGUUUUGAUUAUACUCUUCAUUAUGCGGUUGCGAUAAGGGAUGUUAAACGAGUUCCGACGGUGGAGAAGAUCAGUAUUGCUCAUUCAACAGCUGGUGUUGCGUGCGCUUUUGGAGCAGCUACGUUGAUUUCAGCAGGAAUUCCGCUGCUGUUCUGCCAAACUGCCUCAUUUUUUCAGAUUGGCUCGAUGCUCAUUGUGCUCGGUGUGACGUCGUUCAUCGGUGCAGCCUUCGUGUUUCCAGCGUACAUUCUCGCGUUCUCUUUUAGCUUCAGAGAACGAACGAAACUUUGA